UGGAACAAACUACGCGUGCCUGCGCUCGCGCAGUCCGUUAGUGUCAAACCAGACACCUUUACACCGCUUUUAACCAGACUCGUACAGCAAUAUCCUAAAAUAGGUGGUCUUCUCUUCACUGCGCUGUCGCUUUGUCUGUCCAUCGGUCGUACUGCGCUGAGAAGGAGCGUCGAGUCUUAAAUAUCCGACCUAACUGUUUAUCCUAUUAUAGCAAGAUUCACGGGCAUGCGCAGGAAGCGGGGAUGCGCUGCGCGCGGAGAAGCUCGACUGUAGUGCACACGCACAAAUGGACGCUGGCACGCAGGACGAUUGCCAUGAGGACUAUAUAAUGAACAGCUUAGACCAAGAUCCAAACGCAGAAGCUUAUAUGGGCUUCAUGAAGAAACACUGUUGUUAUGAUGCAAUUCCCACCAGCUGCAAACUAGUCAUUUUUGACACCACACUGCAGGUAAAGAAGGCCUUCUUUGCUUUGGUUGCAAAUGGCCUGAGAGCGGCCCCUUUAUGGGACAACAAACUGCAGAGAUUUGUGGGUAUGCUGACGAUCACAGAUUUCAUCAAUAUUCUUCAUCGGUAUUACAGGUCACCCAUGGUUCAGAUCUAUGAAUUGGAGGAACACAAGAUUGAGACAUGGAGAGGUGAUUCAUUUCAAAACGUUUAUCUGCAAUAUCAAGAUCAAUGUCUCAUCAGUAUCACACCAGAUGCCAGCCUCUUUGAUGCUGUCUACUCUUUACUGAAACACAAAAUCCACAGGCUGCCAGUCAUCGACCCAGAGUCUGGAAAUGUCCUUCACAUACUGACCCAUAAGAGAAUCCUCAAGUUCCUGUAUAUAUUUGGAGCCUCAGUGCCCAAGCCAAGCUUCUUGAAGAUGCAAAUUAAAGAUGCAGGAAUAGGAACUUUCUCAGACGUGGCGACUGUCUCUCAGACGGCUACGGUGUACGAUGCACUUUCUGUGUUUGUUGAGCGACGUGUUUCCGCUCUCCCAGUGGUGGAUGACAGUGGCAAGGUGGUCGCCCUGUAUUCCAGAUUUGACGUGAUUAAUCUUGCAGCGCAGAAAACCUACAAUAACCUGAGCAUGAGCAUGCAGGAGGCCGUGCGGAGGAGACGAGGUUAUGUGGAAGGAGUCAUUACAUGUUACCCUGACGAGACUUUGGAAACUGCUGUUGACAGAAUAGUCAAGGCUGAGGUUCAUAGGCUGGUGCUUGUGGACAGAGAAGACGUGGUUCAGGGAAUAAUCUCUCUCUCAGACCUGCUGCAGGCCAUAGUUUUAUCUCCAGCAGGUAUUGAUGCUCUGUUUUCCUAACCUGAGAGGAUAUGUUUCCUCCUGUUUCCUCAUCUAACCAGCACUAGUAUCCAGGUAGGCUUUACUGCCUUCCCAGCCAAGCUUUGCCAACACAUGCACUGCUACUGCGCAUAGUACUUGUUAAAAGUUUGGACACACCAAACUCAGAACAAAACACAAAUCAUCCAAACUAUAUAAUGGGAACUGAAACGGAAUGCAAUUAUGUAGUGACAAAAUAAUAAUAUAUAUAUUUAUAUAUAUAUUAGAAGUGCAUCAUGGGAUGUUUAACACACUAUUUUAUUUUAUUUUUUUCAGUGUAUUUUUAUUUCAAAUGUUAUUCUAUUUUAUUUUAAUAUUUAAUCAGAUUUUUUUGUCUUUUUUUGACAUUUUAUAACAUAAUUGUGUUGUGAUGUAUUUAUUCAUUCAUUUCUUUUCAUUCUUGUUUUUUUUUUUUAUAUCUAUACAAUUACAUAAAUGUAAAAGAAAAAUCUGAACAUCCUAAACUAAUUUAUAUUUGUGGAAAAAACACAUUUCCAGCAUUUAAUCAUAAAGCAUGCAAUCAUGAAAAACAUUGAUUCAGCCAGGUGUGUGUAAACAUUUAACUAGUACUGUAAAUUACCCCACAGUAUUAUGUGCCUUUAUUAAUACAAUCAGUAUUGUCAUUAUUGUAUAUUACAUCAUCUGAUGACAUCACGUUCUGUUAUGCUCAAGCACCCAUGAAUCCCAGCCACUCCUAAUACAUUUUGGUCUCCACAAUGCUGAUGCAUUUUCUCUCUGUUUGUAGGUAUACAUAACCAGUGAGCAAUAACUGAAAGCACUUAUAUGCCAUGCUGAUGAAUAGAGUUCUCCCUGCAUGUUUGUGCAUGUGCGUGACCUGUUUGUUGGAGAAUACACUGGUGGGUCAGGGACGUGACCCAGGACCCUUUGUUAUAGUCAUUUAACACCAGUGUGUUUGGGAGCACAGCCACUGAUGUGAUGAUAUUGUUGCUGUACCUCAGAGUACUGUAGGAUUACCAUGAUAUUAUCUUAUUCAGAAAACCAUGGUAAUACCAUGCUACUUUCUGUAAGUAUAUUCUCCUAUCCUGUUUUAGGGGUUAAAAGCAGAUAAAGUAUGACUGCAAGCAAGAAUGAAGAAAGGAUCUUUUUUUUUUUUUUUUUUACAUUAUACAUUCAUAUUGUAAAAUAUGUUCAGUUUGGAUUACGUUAAGUGUAUAAUAUAUUAAGCAACAAGAUUCUCAUUUAACUGAGAGAUUGUAUGCGAUAAACAAGUACUGACAAAGGAAACUGUUGCAUUUAGUUUUCAUGUAUAAGUGAGCACAUGGGCUUGGAUUCUGAUCAAAUUGAUCACCUAGUUUGCCGUUUUGUGCUAUGUCAUGUAGUAUUGUCAGAUGAUCAUGUUUUGUUUUUCUAAUAAACAAAUCCUUGUGCUCUU